AUGUGGGGCGAUGCUGAUGCUGAAACUGAUGCUGAAACUGAUGCUGAUGCUGAAACUGAUGCCGAUACUGUUAAUAAUACUGAUGCUGUUAAUGAUGCUGAUGCUGUUAAUGAUGCUGAUGCUGAUGCUGAAACUGAUGCCGAUACUGUUAAUAAUGCUGAUGCUGUUAAUGAUGCUGAUGCUGUUAAUGAUACUGAUGCUGAAACAGAUGCUGAUGCUGAAACUGAUGCCGAUACUGUUAAUGAUGCUGAUGCUGUUAAUGAUGCUGAUGCCGAUACUGUUUUGAUGCUGAUGCUGCGGAAGCAGGUGCCGGCGCCGAGGGAGAGGAAGGGGCGUGACGUGGACCUCCUCCUUCAGGAUUGGAGGAACAACGUCUUCGCAGCGCUCACUGGUGGCGGUGCAGCUCCGACGCAAGCGCUGCAGAAUCUUGGCAGGCCGUCCGUUGUGCAGAGCUCCGUCAGUUCUGGUGAAGCUUUUGAAUUCCUUGAGGAUUUCUUGGGUCUGUUGGAAGUCUUCGUCGAGUACAGUUUAUUCUGA